ACAAGCUCAAUUGAGAGCUGAUAGUAAACUCGGGCGUCGACCGUUAGUCACUUUCAAGCUUUCGUAAAAAAACCACUCAAAAAUUAUACCUUCAACAAAACAUAUCAUUUUCGCGCAAUUUAUCUUUUUUGAAAAUCGAAUAAUUUAAAAUUUAUUUGAAAAUAUAAACAGUUUAAUUUAACGUUUAAAAUAAUUGUAACAUUUUUUUUUAUUUUUUUUUUUUUGUUAUCUUGAUUACUUGAUGUUUUAAUUAAAUUAUUAUUUAAAUAUUUAUUAAAUUCAAAUUUAUUUUAUUCUAACAACAAAGUGAUUUUUAUAGUUUUAUUUUUUUUCAUUAUAUAAAUUAUUUUUUCCUGAAAAAUUAAAACUUCAAUGUGCUGUUUUAUGUUGUUUUUUAUUCUUCGAAGGCAAUAAAAUAACACGUUUGUUUUUAGUGUAAGUAUUUGACAUAAAAAAUAAAUAUAAAUAAUUUAAUUUACAUUUUUUUUAAUUGAUUAAAUUACUAUCUAAUGACGAGAAAUAAAUAUAAAAAUUACUAUGAAUUAUUCAUGAUGAUCGAAUAAAUAAAACUGAAGUUUAAAUUUAAUUUUCCGUCUCCAAUUUGAACGGCGAUAAAAUUUUAUUUACUAGAUAACAUUUAAACAAUUAUUCAUUAUUAAAAAAUUAAAAUAAUAAUAUUUUUUGUUUAUAACUUGAACUGUCAUACUCUAGUGCUGAUAAAAAAUUUAAUUAAAAAACUUUUUGACAAUAAUUACCGGCCACUAAAUAAAAUUGCAAUCAAGACAUUUUUUCUUUUUGUAUAUUUAAAUUUUUAAAAAAACUUUAAAAAGAAAUAAAUUCGCGUAACUUAAAAAAAAAAUAAAAUAAAUUUAUAAGAAAAAAAAAUAAUUUAAUUUGAAUAUAAAAUAUUUAUUUCAUAAUUUUAAAAAAAUAAAUUUUUAAAUAAUUCCUUCAACAGAUAAAUUUUACAGCAAUAAAAAAUCAUUUUGAAUUUAUUAAAUCAAUUCACAAUCCUACAAGAAAUUAUACUUUAUAAAAUUAUUUUUCCACCAAUCUAAAAUUACAAAAAAUGAAAAAACACAAGUAAAUAUUUUUUUUUUGUUUACUAAAGUUUAUUUUUCAAAUGACCCUGACAUUUGAACUAUUUAAAAAAAUAAAACCUCAAGGAUUUAAAUUUAUAGAUGAAGUUACAAGUAGCUAAGAAAAUAAUCAAUAGAAUAAGGUCAAAGCUCAAGACCCGAUAAGCUCACGAGAGCAAUGAGCUUUUUGAAUAAUAAAAAAAAAAAAUACUAUAUCUCGAGAGAUGAAAUAUAAAAUCAGAUAUACCAAUUCAAUUGAAAUAUAAAGGAAAAAUUAAUAUGCUAUUGAAUUAAAUAAUGCAAUGAGAAAUUAAAAAAAAUAAAUGAAAUAAAUUUAUUUGGGAAAAAAAUGUCUUGUUACACAUGUUGCUUGUGUUGUUGUGAGCCAAAUAAAAUUGAUACAUUGACAUAUGGACCAGAAGAAAUAAGAAAUCAUCAAGACAGCAGUAAGGGACUUGCUUUUCUAUCUGGAUUUACUGCUUUACUAUCAUUUGUCAUUGUUUCAAUAGCAAUUGGGACAGACGAGUGGCUAUUUACUGAUGAAAAAUUAUCAAAAAUAAAUCCAGCAAAUGCAUCAGUUGAACCGGAUAGUAAAAUUACACACAGUGGUCUUUGGAGAAUUUGCGUUGCAACAAGUCCAACCAUGCAAUUUGAAUGUUCAAGGAUUGACUAUUUUCCCAACGAAGAAUAUCUACCUGACCCCAGUGAUUCCACAAUGGCAAUUCCAUAUGCAGUUACAAAAUCAGCUGUAUUUUUUAUCAUAGCAACAGUCUUACUGAUGAUUGCUGAAAUUUUCUAUGUGAUUGCUUACGUAUCUAGACCGAGACUUCAAUUGUGUAUCUUUGUUGCUGGAGUGAUAUUUACAAUUUGUGGCUUGAUGAUGCUCGUUGGUAUGAUAAUGUACAUAUCAGUAUUCAAAGCUGAAGUUGGUAGCAAACUUCGUCCACGAUCUUCAUUCCAAGGUCCACCGUUUACUUAUAAUUAUGGAUUUUCGUUUUUAUUGUAUGUCAGUGGAUUCAUCACAACAGAAAUUGCUGGUACAUCAGCAAUAUUUUUAUAUAUAUCAUGGCACCAGCGAGACCUUGCUAGAGAAAUAUUAGAAAAAUCAAAUAUUGAUGAUGGCUAUGAUGUAACAAGUAGUGCUCAACGUCGUAACACUCGUUCACGUCAAUCAAGAGGUUCAUUUUUGUGUGAGCGACAUCAAAAACGUUAUUUUUUUGGCAGAGAAUCAACUGAAGACCAAAUUGAUUUUGAUGAUUUUCUUCCACUUCCAGCUAGUCUUGAUUAUGAUGAAUUUCCAAGACAAUUUCCUCGUGAUAUUACAAGCCAAACGGUUUAGAAAAAAAAUUUAUUCAUCCGUUAUAAAAUAAAUGUAUUAAAUUUUAAUAAAAUUAAUGAGAAAAAAAAAAUU